AUGAAGUUCUCCGCUGUCGCUCUGGCUGCCCUUUCGCAGGUUGCCUCUGCUCACUACUUCUUCGACGCCACUGCUGUCAACGGUGCUACCUCCAGGCCCUUCCAGUACAUCCGCGACUUCACCCGUCCUACCAAGUACAACCCCAUCAAGUUCUCCUCUAACCCUGCCGCCGAUAUCAGGGACAACUCCUUCGUUGACGGCGACGAUAUCAUCUGCAACCAGGGCGGUGACACCACCGGCGGCAAAACCGAGGUUCUGGAAAUCAAGGCUGGUGAUGUGAUGACCUUCACCCUCGGUGUUGGUGCCAAGAUCCAGCACCCUGGCCCUACUCUGGCUUACAUGUCUGAUGCCGGUGGUGACGUCAAGUCCUACGAUGGAAAGGGUGACUGGUUCAAGAUUAUGGAGGAGGGAGUCUGCAACGCCAGCGGUGACUUUACCAAGGGCGCCUGGUGCAACUACGACUCUGCCUCCGUUGAUGUCAAGAUCCCUGCCGGCACUCCUGACGGAGAGUACCUCCUCCGGGUUGAGCACAUCGGUAUCCACCGAUCUCACGUCAACCAACCCGAGCACUACGUCUCUUGCGCUCAGGUCAAGGUUACCGGUGGCGGUAACGGCAAGCCUGGCCCCAUGGUGAAGUUCCCCGGUGCCUACAAGGUGACCGACGACUACGCCAACUUCAGCAUCUACAACGGUGCCAAGGCCUUCCCCAUGCCCGGCCCUGCGGUCUGGGAUGGCUCUAGCUCCGGUAGCAACAGUGAGGCCCCUGCUACUACUGCCCCUAAGGCUAGCAACAACGGUGGCUUCCCUAGUGGCGCCAACGCCGAAUAUGCGGGUAACGCCGGGUCCACUGGCUCUCCUUGCUCCGCUUAA